AUGCAGGACAUCACGAAGUCUGGCCGUCCCGCAACGGCCUCCGACCAUGACCUGCCUCUAGACACCGACGCAACCGCUGUCGAUGCUGCACUGCUGCCACCGCCACCAACAUUAUUGGCUGACCAGCGAAGAACGCAGAGCGCGCCCGACGCCGUGCCCGUGGAUCCCAAGGUCCGACUCGAGGACGCGUCCCCAUUACAAUCAUCGACACAGUCCAUCCCCAAGCUGCCUACGACGCGAAAGAGCCUGUCGGACGCACGACCGGAUGAGAAGGGCAGACACAGUGAACAGUUCGACAGGCGUUACGAUGGACCUUUUGGUCGCCCGAGCCUGGUUAUGGGCCGCCGGCCCAGUAUAGCCCUGAGUGUGAUUCCUGAGCCUGAGCGAACCCACGUCAUGGACGACAACGAGGCCGUCACCGAUCGAGGGACUGUGCCCUUCCAGCCUCGGCCCCCGCCGCUCAACUACACCCUCCGAACACGCAAGGCCGCCAUAUUCUAUUUCUGGAGCAUAACCGUCUUCGACACCGUCGUUUGUCCCCUUGUGUUGUAUUUCGGACUGUGGUAUGGUGUCGGGCCGGGAAAUCCGGACAACCAGAAACUGAGCGCCAAUACUGUUUUCAGUAUUGUGACUGCCGCCAUUGGAGGUGCAGCUAUCUUUGAGUACUUCCUCAGGGGCUGGAGACUGUGGAGAAAAAACAGCACUUGUCGCGCUAUCGGUGCCACAGAACAGAGAUGGCUUUUUGAUUGGUUUCACUGGUGGUACACCGCCGCCUGGGUUAUCGUCAUGAUUGAGUUGAUUAUUGGUUCGGUUCAAGAAGAUCCGUUUAUCCGGCUCCUUGCCAUGCCGCUCGCUACGAUGCUAUAUGUCUUCGGCACCCUGCUCCUCGUCAUCGACGUCUGCCGAUACUUCCACGUACCGGCACCAGUGCGCCUAUCGUCGGUCCCUCGCGGCUCACAAUUGCGGCCCGGCAUCUAUCCGCUCAUCGAAGAUAUAUGUGCCGUUGAUGGAAGCGGCGGGACCGAUUUCCGAAUCGCCUUGGACAAGCGGUAUGAGGCAAGCCACGUCUUCCGGACCAUGCUGAGGAGACUGGGCAUCUUCUGGGCGGUUGGCUCAGAAGGGUGUGCCGUCAUGAUGACCAUCCUCAUAUUCAGCCUCAACAACACGGACAUUGCCUAUGCGAUAGGCUGGGGCGUCCCUUUCGUAUGGGCGGGUAUAUGGGCCGCGGCUACGACGUGGUAUGUGUCGCGGGAGCUGAAGAAAGAGGAGACCCUAUGGAAGGAGAAGAUAUCAAAGACUCAGAUGGAAACGGCAUAA